AGGCCUUUUUCCAUGCUUUAUUUUCCUCAGUUAUUAUUAGAAUUCACAGCUCUCCCAUUGGCGGCGUCCACACAUUUCGCAUUCACAAAUACACACGUCGCCUGUUUGUACUUGACACGAAACACAGCUUUGCAUCUCACACGCAGCACAGUCUGGUCUGUUUUUCAGUUUGCUGUGAGGACAGUCAAAAGGCCCGGGAACAGGUCAUUUAUCCCCCGUUCUUCUCUCCUACGCCUACCCCAGACAACUAUGGCUCCUUAACCUUCCUAAGGAAACCAGCUCCAGCCUGGGGAGCAGGGUAGGGCCAGGCAGAGAUGCCGCGCAGGGACCUGGGAAGGUGCGGGGGCAGGAGGACGCCGUGCUGGGCUCCCCUGGGCCCGCUGCCUUUCCGCCUCUGCGGUGAGCGCCGGUGGCGGCCCCAAGCGCCGGGGGGGAGCAGCCCCGUCCCGCAGGGACUACAAUUCCCAGCGCUCCGCGGCGCGGCCCGGCGGCGGCCCAGGAGGUGAGAGCGGCUGCCCCGGGAGUUCUCCUUCAGGCCGCAGCAUGAACGGCAGCGUGGCGGGCGGCGGCUACGCCGAGGAGAUUAUCAGCCUCACCCGCAGACCCUCAGGGUUAGGCUUCAACAUUGUUGGUGGGACAGAUCAGCAGUACAUUGCCAAUGACAACAGCAUCUAUGUCAGCUGGAUCAAAAAGGAUGGGGCAGCUUACCUUGAUGGCCGAUUACAAGAAGGAGAUAAAAUUUUAGCGAUCAAUGGCAAAGACUUGAAGGAUUUGCGGCACAAGGAUGCUGUGGAACUGUUCAGGAAUGCAGGCUAUUACGUGUCUCUGAAAAUUCAGCGCAGGUUGCAGCCACAGAAUGGCCCUGUGGGUCAUGGAGGAGAUGGAGAAUCAGGUGGGCUUCCUCUGGCAGCCAUUCUUGUGCCAGGCCUGGCGCUUGCUGCGACAGCAGUCUGGAUCUUGCUGAGGUAUCGACAGCGGAUGUGAAGAGUUCACGGCUGGGAUAUCACUGCGUAUUUUACACAGCUAUGAUGCAAUUUAAAGAUAGAGAAUCAACAAUCUUGUCACAGACUGAUGCCAAAAAGGAUCAUUGCCUAUCAUCAAAGUUGCUGCUGAUGUUCGUAUAUAUUGAUUUUGUUGCAGGGUGGAUAGAAGCAGAGAGAAAAAAAGGAAGGGAGAGGACUGUGUUUAUCUAAAGAGUGGAUUAGCUGUAUUUUUUGACAAAUUGAGGAGGUUUUGCCAUCCUCUUCUAUUUUGCACCAUGAACUUUCAAACACACUCAUCUAUUCCACAUUUUAAGGUUUAACUUUUGGUUAAAGGGAGUGGGAGUGAUUUUAAAUCGAAAGCAUUUUCUAGAGGCUUUGCCUUGUUUCCACAGAAUUUUUUCUUGAAUCUAAUGAAUUCUGUCCAAACCAUGAAUAAAGAGAAGCAAUGCAAAGGGUAUAUUAUUUUUCCUAUUGAAGAUUUGUCGGUUGUUGCUAAAUAAAUGCCUUAAAAUUGUAAAAUCUGAUCUGUGGUUUCACAGGUAAAAUCUUCGGUGUAGCUACUGAUUUAAUAGCAAUAUGCAGUAUUGGUGAGACAUUUUGCCAGUUGUGGAAAGAUAGAAGAUAGCUUGCUGCUAGAAGAAGAUUGUGAUUGUCAAAAUGAUAGCUCAUUUUUGGGUCAGAAUUGUAAGAGAAAGCUUUCCACAAAAUGCUAGCAUACUGGAGAGAGACAGACAACUGAAUCACAAGGAUAAGUGGUGGCAAGAGAUUCAGGCAUGCUGAAGCUGUAGAAGAGCCUUUAAAUUCAUAGUGAAGCAAUAGUUCCUCCAUUCAUCAGGUGGGUUGAAGUCUACAUCUCUGAGGUUAGAGGUCUGGGGGUUGUUUUUUGCACAGGGAAUACUUCAGAUAAAAUUUUCGGUAGCAGCUAACUUGCUCUCUGCAGUAAGGAGACUCUUAUGAUGAUUGAAAGGGAGAAGCUGAGAGCAAGCUGGGGUUGUCCUGGCUUUUACUUGUUUGUGAAGAGUUAUGUGAUGUUCAAGAGAUGGACAGCCAGCUUUAAGCCGGGGUAAAGCCUAGCAGGUAAAACCAGAGGGAAGAGACCCUCCUCUGGAAAGUAUAUGACUGAAUUUACCUCCAGGGUCUCAUCUCCUCACUGUGAUUUGAAUAGAUUUAAAUGCCCUAGCUUGAUAGGAGCUCUGUGGGUAAGACCUGUUUCUCUUGUCUCCAAGAAAUCAAUGUGUUUUGUUGUUUUUUAAAAGAAAAGUGAAAUGCAUGAUCUGGUCUGUAUGAUGCCAAAGAAGAGAUCACAGAUGCAAUAUAUGUUUUCAAA